AUUGUAACUCUUAUCUAUUUUCUCUCUUUAGAGACAAUUCCACACCGCAGCGAAAAGCUGAUGCACACGUUGUCCGACACACAACCAGAGAAAGAGAAGAGGGUCUCUCUCUCUCAUCUGCAUUCUACAGUAGAGAUUAUAAAUCAGCAUUAAUUAAAUAAUGUGCUGUGUAGUGAAUUGCCACAUCCAUGGGCGGGAAUAACGGCAUCUCCAUUUGAAAAAAAUGGGUCUUUUGUGGGUUGGCUUCACGUUCACACUCUUCUCUCUCUUUUUCCUACUAUUUUGAAUGAAUGAAUAAAAAAAAGGUAAAGAUAUAUAUUUGAAUAUCUCUGCAAUCCCCACAUCUCUACUGACAUUCCAUAGAUCUCUGCACUUCAGAGCUUGUUCUUCUUUUCUUUCUAUUUUUUAAUUUACUGGGAUUGCUUAGGGUGUCAGGGCUUGCUUUUGGAGAAAGUCAAAGGUAUAUCAUAUUUCAUAUUUGAUCUACAUGUACCUUCUUUGUGAUUAUUAUUAGUAUUAUUAUUAUUAUUAUUUUUCUGUUUGGCUUUGAUAAGUUUGCUUUUUUUUUUUUAAUGCAAUUUCAAAUGGAUGUCAGCUGUUUCUCAGUUCAUUUGAAAUCGGUAUUUGUUGUUUCUUAGAUUUCUGAAGUUAUUCUGAGAUGGGUAUUCACUGUUUCUUACUUUCCUAGGUAAUUUGAAAUGGGUAUUCACUAUUUCUCAGAUUAAUGACACAAUUUGGAAUGGGUAUUUUCCAUUUUCCAUUUCCCAGUUUUCUGAUAUUAUUUCAAAAUGGGAAUUCAUUAUUUCUUAGUUUCAUGAGAUAAUAUGCAGUACGUAUUAACUAUUUCUCAGUUUCCUGCUAUUUUCUUGAAAUGGGUAUUCACUAUUUCUUGAUUUCCUGAGAUAAUUUGAAAUGGAUAUUAGGUAUUUCUCAGGUCGCUGAUACUACUUUGAAAUGGGUAUCGACUGUUUCUCUUUUUCAUGAUGCAAUUAGAAAUGGACAUCUACUCUCGGUUCUGCUAUCAUUUUGAAAUGGGUAUCCACUAUUUCUUAGCUUCCAGUGAUAAGUUUUAGCGAGUGUUGUCAAUUUCUCAGUUUUCUGAAGUUAUUUUGAAAUGGGUAUUCACCCUCUUCUAGUUUCCUAAGAUAAUCUUUGGUGGGUAUUGGCCACUUGUCAAUUCUGUAUGGUACUCCCUCUCUCUAUGCUUAAAGUUUGGAGGACUUGGUAGGUGCCUGUCAAAUAAGUUAUUCAAAAUUUGUUUUUCAAGUAAUUUACCAAUAGAUUUAGAGUUGGUUCAGAAGGAUUUAUAUACUCCCUCUCCAAUUUCAUAUUUCAGGUAUUAUUAUUAUUGUUAUUUUGCUUUUCUGUUUGGGGAUAGGGUUUUUAAAGCUUAAAACGAUUGAUAGAGACUGGAUGGUUGGGGAGUGAAUUCAAAGCAAAGCUGAGAAUGACCAGAAGAACCCCUCUGGUUUCUUGUUGGACAGUUAUAGGAGGAUUGAUCUUUCUGCUUCUGGGAUUCUGUUUUCAUUCUUUUGAAUAAGUGUUUGGUUUUGUUCUGUGGUAUUUGUUAGUGACCCAUUGUGAUGUUUCUGUGGAAUUGUAGAUGAAGUGUCUCUAAAGUGGUAGUGAGACAAAGCAUUGUGUUGCUAGAGGAGGAGAUGGACCGGCGGAGUUGGCUGUGGAGGAGAAAGUCUUCUGAGAAGAGCCCUGGAGAAACUGAAAGCUCCGGAUCAAUUUCUUCUCAUUCUGAACGAUUCUCUGAUGAUCAGGUGUAUCCAAAUCAAAAUUCUCCAUCACCAGAAGUCACAUCUAAAUCUGCACCUGUUGAUGAAGAAGUUAAUGACAGUGUGAAGUCUCUAACAGAAAAGCUAUCUGCUGCUCUUUUGAAUAUUAGUGCCAAGGAAGACUUGGUGAAGCAGCAUGCCAAAGUUGCAGAAGAAGCUGUUUCAGGGUGGGAAAAGGCUGAAAAUGAAGUAUUCUCUUUAAAGCAACAACUUGAAGCUGCGGCUCAGAAGAACUCAGCACUUGAAGAUCGAGUUGGCCAUCUUGAUGGAGCGCUCAAGGAGUGCUUAAGGCAGCUUAGGCAAGCAAGGGAAGAACAAGAGCAGAAGAUCCAUGAAGCUGUUGUCAAGAGAACCCAUGAAUGGGAAUCCACAAAAUCUGAGCUUGAGAGCCAGAUUGUAGAGAUCCAGGCCCAACUUCAAACUGCUAAAGCUGAAACUGUUGCCACUGUUGAUCCUGGUCUUGAGCUAAAACUUGGGGCUGCAGAAAAAGAGAAUGCAGCCCUCAAGCUUCAGCUCCUUUCUCGAGAGGAAGAGUUAGAAAUUAGGACUAUAGAGCAAGAACUGAGCACCCAAGCAGCUGAAACAGCCAGCAAACAAAAUUUGGAGAGCAUAAAGAAGGUGGCUAAACUUGAAGCUGAGUGCCGCAGGCUAAAAGCCAUGGCCCGUAAAGCAUCCUCUGCUAAUGAUCACAAAUCUAUCACUGCCUCCUCGGUUUGUGUUGAAUCUUUGACAGAUAGCCAGUCAGAUAGUGGAGAAAGACUACUGGCAUUAGAAAUUGAUACCCGUAAGAUGACUGGCUUGGACACCAAUGAAUGUGAGCCUAGCCGGUCUGAUUCAUGGGCAUCUGGGCUAAUCCAAGAACUUGAUCGGUUUAAGAAUGAGAAGCCUCUUGUAAAAAACCUCAUGGCCCCUUCAGUAGAAUUGGAUCUCAUGGACGAUUUCCUUGAAAUGGAGAGACUUGCGGCACUUCCAGAGACAGAAAAUAGAAGCCGCUGCCUUGAGUCAGGAGCUAUAUCUGAUAAACACAUUGGUGGUAGCGAAAGCCCAUUAAAAGCUCAACUUGAAGCCAUGAUUGAUAGGACAGCUGAACUGGAGGAGAAAUUAGAAAAGAUGGAAGCAGAGAAAAUGGAAUUAGAUAUGGCUUUAUCUGAGUGCCAAAAUCAGCUUGAAACAUCACAGGGUCGGCUAAAGGAAGUAGAGGAGAAGUUAGUGGAGCUGCAAACUCAGUUAGCUUUGGCAAGUGAAUCAAAGAGAAAUGCAGAGGAAGAAAUACAGACUACCAAUGCUAAGAGAGAGGUGGCAGAGUCUCGCCUCAUAGCUGUUGAAGCUGAGAUCAAAACCAUGCUUUCAAAAGUGCUGUCGUUAGAAGAAGAAGUUGAAAAGGAGCGGGCUUUGUCAGCAGAAGCUGCAUCUAAGUGUCGGAAAUUUGAGGAUGAGCUUUCCAGGAUGAAACGUGAAACUGAGCUUCGGAAUUUGGCAAGUUCAAAUGGUGAAUUGAAGAUAAAGCAGGAGAAGGAGCUAGCAGUGGCUGCCAGUAAGCUUGCAGAGUGCCAGAAAACCAUUGCAUCCCUGGGCCGACAGUUGAAAUCCCUUGCAACGCUGGAAGACCUCCUGCUCGACUCAGAGAAGCCACUGCAGCCCAUGAGUGAAGGACUACACCAUCCUAAAGAUGGUGCGGAACAAUGGACACUGCAUCCUGGUAAUUCGUACAUUCCAAAGAAGGAUUUGGAAUCCUCAAAAACAGAACCUGAUCAUUCAGCUUCUAUAAAGAAAAGCAAAGAUGAGGCAUCAACAUUACCACUAAACCCAGUGGUGAUGACCUCUGAAAAGAGUAGAAAUGGGUUUGGGAAGUUUUUCCCUCGAAGUAAGAACGCGAUUCGAGCUGAAAAGUAGUAGCGAGAAAAAGGAAUAGAUAAGGAAAAAUGGAACUGAAAAUAGGGGGAGGGACUUGCAGGUCUGUUUGUUCUCUGCUGGAGAACUGGGGAUCAAGUGUUUGUGAACUGAAACAUUGUAUUUAGUUUUACAUAAAUAUUCCUCUCUCUGGAAAUGGUGAAAGAAGAUAUAGUCAUAUAUUGAUUUCAAAACA